AUGGAUCUUGUUAACAAUAAAUAGAAGAUUCUGAUCUUAUAGAAGAUCUUCUAAUCAAUAAUAAGAUGGUUAGAAAAAAAUUAAUGCACUGUAAACCUUAUUUUCAUACAUAGGGUUGAUACGUUUAACAUAUUAAAUCACUUAUUUUUAAGAUAAAGAUGUGAUAAAAUAGAGUAAGAAAAUACUUCUCUUGAAAAUACCGAAUCAGCUUAAAUUUAUAUGGAUAAAAUAAAAUAUCACAUUAUGUGAUUACAAAUUAUAUCAAAAAUAAUGAAAUCUAAUCUUGUAGUUCCAAUAGCCUUUAUGUAAAUUGUAACCAAUAUUAAAUAUUUUCUAGUGAAAACAAACCUUAGUUUUUAAAGAAAUAAUAAACCUUCAUUUAAUUAGAAUAAGAAGUUGAAAAUUUAGUAUCACAAGUAUAAAAUGAACUAAUUAUUCAAUAACUGAAAGACUUUAAACUAAUUCCAAUUGUAUAAAAGGGAGAUAAAAUUGGAAGACAUUCUAAUAAUUAAACUUAAAUAUAAUCUUG